CCGAUUUCAAUGGCGCUCUCCAAAACAACCGGAACCCACAUCCAUCACCUUCCGGAGGAAACUAUCGAUUAUAUAAUGAGCUUCCUUCCGCUGUGCGAUCGCAAAGCAUCUUCUCUCGUAUGCCGACGCUGGGCUGUACUGGCUUUUUCGUACCGCUAUCUGGCUAGCGUUCGGCUGAGACUCAAAGAGCAGGAACUAAUCGAGAAGCGAUUGGUUGUUGACGUGUUGGAGAAAAGUUGGCGAACGUACCGGAACCUGACGGUGGACUUCGGUAGCAGUGGAAUAGACGUGGUGUUGAUUUUGGUGAUUCUGAUAAAGUUUGGUGAAUAUAUUGAGGUAUUCGGUAGCCAGUCGUUGUUCACACCGGUACAAUUGAAGGAAAUGCUUCAGAAAUUACCAAAUUUGAGGAGACUGGUCGUCAAUGUCACCAACGACGCUGAGGCUUAUUUGAGAACGCAGGAGUUUCCGGUGUUGGCACAUCUAGUCGAUUUAAGAUCAACCGACGCUAUUUUCGAUGUACCGGGUUUUAACGUCUCUCGGGUGAUGCCCAGUGUGCGGAAUUUGAGUAUGUAUUUCCGACGCAACGUUACGGAGACUUCGUUUCAAGCGUUGGGAGCAUUGUCGCCACAGUUAAAAACAUUGGAGGUCUUUGCAGACUUCAAUCGAGCUCCGAUUGAACUGUUGGAUUUACGUCACUUGGAAACGCUUAAGCUUUGGGGAACUAAUUUCUAUUUGGAUAAUGAGUCGUUGCGUCAGCUUUUCACGGGUAUUCCCAAGCUAAACGUACUUUUUCUCCACAUUCGAAUGUCGGUUUCACUGUUAGAAGUGAUUUGCGACAACUGUCCUCAGUUGACCACUUUUGGAUUCAUCGCAGAUAGGAUGGAACAUAGAUCGCUUUGCAUUCUGGAGAAGCUAAAGAACUUAAAGAUUCUUCUCAUCGAUGGAUGCCUGAAACACCACAUGAUUGAUGGCUGUAAACCGUUACCGACCGUUGAAACCUUCUGUCUCUAUUGGCACAAGAAGCUUCUCGAUCAGGGAGCAUUCGUCAAGCAGUUGAACUACAUGCUACCGAGCGUUCGGGCUCUCAAGGUCAUUGGCACCCGGAGCAAGCAAAUGGACAAUGCUCUUAUGAUCCACAUCGGUAGAAUCUUCACCAAGCUCAAUCGAUUGACCGUGGCAGAUUUCGAGUUUCCCGAGGAGAGGCAGCUUGCGGGCGAUGGUUUUGAUUGGCUUGGGGAUCUGGUAAACGUAGAGCAGCUAACUCUUAGCAGUAUGGCACUGAUGAGGAUCGGUUCACAACGGCAGAGCAGUGUCAAGCGGCUGCGGUUGGAGCAUUUUGACUGGUUGCUGGGGGAUAGCUUGCUGCAGGUGGCAAACAUAUUUCCCUGUUUGAAGUAUUUGAAGAUAAACCGGUGUGCACUGAUCACGGGCAAGGAUGUGGAGAUGGCUCAGCGAGCGAUGCCCAACUGCGUGAUCAAUUUCGUUGACCGAAAGCCACGGUGGUUGUAUCGUGCCGUUCUCAGCGUUGCUUGA